GUAACUUCAGCAGGAGAAACAACUCCUUCAAUUUUGCCAAACAGCAGAGAGAAACAAAGAAUGGACAGUGAAAAUAAAACAAACGUCUGCCUUCUUCAUUUAUUUCUCUGUGACCUUAAAGGACAUAUUGUGUGCAUAUGAUCUCAAACCAGGAGAACAAGCUGGAUAUUAUCCAUGGAUAAAAGUGGAUAACAAAACAUACGACCUUGGAAAAGAUAAAAGCAAUACGGAAAAUUCCUGUAUAUUUCCUCGCUAUGUGAUGAAAAAACAAAGGACGUGAGAGAGGGGAAGAUGAUGGAACAUCUGAUAACCUCUGACCCCACUGUCCGUUCAAAUCACUCAAGCCUGCACUGGCCUGGUAUUGACAUCAACGAAACAAACUCAACUUCCCAGGACACUUACAUCAUAAGUCUCAUCCUCUCCUGCAUCUACACCAGCUUCCUCUUCCCACUCGGCCUUGCAGGUAACAUCCUGAUCCUACUGGUGAAUUUUGACCCCCGUCAGCAGAUGAGCACCCCUGACCUGUACUUCACAAACUUGGCUUUGGCCGACUUGGUGCUGGUUCUAGAUUCUCUGAUAGAGGUCUUUAACCUAAGUGAGCAUUACUACGACAAUGCAGUGCUGUGCUCAUGCAUGGCGCUAUUCCUGCAGGUAAACAUGUACAGCAGCGUGUUUUCGCUCACCUGGAUGAGUUUGGAUCGUUGCCUCGCGCUGACUGGUCUCAGCAUUCGCGCACUGCCCAAGGAUGUUUCCACAACGCACCAUUCGCGCAUUGCGAGAAGAGCUUGCGCGACCAUUUGGGCAGCGGCUACUCUAUGCACCUUGAUUCCGUUCGUAACCGCACACAUACAUCACGGCUGGGGGCGUGGCUUCUGUUUUGCAGGCGUGGCAGAGGUGCAAUGGUUGGAGGUGACGCUGGGAUUCGCCCUGCCAUUUUGCAUAAUGGCCAUUUGCUACACCCUAAUCGUGCGCGUUCUUCUCCGUUCUGAAAGGCCACAACGAACCAAAGCUCUACGCAUGAUCGUCGCAUCUGUGACUGUGUUCUUCGUGUGCUGGUUGCCGGAAAAUGUUUUUAUUAGCGUGCAUCUGUUGAGUGGCGAAACUGAGGCCUCGCGGCGCCGUGGAAACCACACACUGUGGCAGCGCUACCCACUGACGGGGCAUGUGGUGACCUUAGCGGCUUGCGCCAACAGCUGUCUGAACCCACUUGUUUACAGUCUGCUGGGAAGCACUUUCCGACGUAAGCUGCAGGUAUUUGUUGCACACCACGUGCACUGCCAGCAUACAUGCACACAGACUGCAAACACAACGCCUCCCUGCCCCUGUGUCACAUGCAAAAACACACACCAUUCGUGCUCUCAUGAAAAUAAGGACUCAGAAGAGGGGCAUGACCUCAGGAGUGGAGAGGAGGGGGCCGAGGGACGAGAGUGUGUGUGUGACAGAGUGGGAUAAGCAUUGUCACGUAUUACAUAGACACAUUGUGAGAAGGAUGAUCCAGAAAGGGUGUUCCAAAAGACCAGGAUCUGCACACUUGUAAAGUUGAGCAAACAAUAUGACUGUAAUUAAAUGACUUAAAAUCAACAAGAAAUGCGGUGGUGGUGUAGUGGGCGCAGAACUGGUAAGCAGAAGGUUGCCGGUUCGAUCCCCACAGCCACCACCAUUGUGUCCUUGAGUAAGGCACUUAACUCCAGGUUGCUCCGGGGGGAUUGUCCCUGUAAUAAGUGCAACGUAAGUCACUUUGGAUAAAGCGUCUGCCAAAUGCAUAAAUGUAAAUGGCGUUCACAGCCCAUUUCACCUCCAUAACAGGACUGGGUAAACAUAUAGAUUUUCAGAUGCAUCGCGAUUCUUUGAUUGAUAUCGAUAUCAAUUCUUAGAUCCCAAGAUUGAUCUUUUACUAUGUGCAAAAGAUGCAUGUCAUCUCUUGUUAUAUGCACUAACAAGCUGAUGCCGGUAGUCUUAAAGAAACAGUACCAAUUUAGCACAUGUUCUACAUAUCAAUGUAAAUAGUACAAAUUAUGCAAGUAAAUAAUAAACAUAUAACAAAUAUGCAACAUAAAUGCAAUUUCAAGACAUUUAUUGAUGGAAUAGGCUAAAUUUGAAAAAUGUUCAAAACCUAAAAUGUGACCAAUAUGAUGAAAAACUGCUAAAAUGAACAUGGUAACAGAAAUACCCAUAUGAAUCGAUAGCGAAUCAAAUCAAGAGCUUCAGAAUUGGAAUUGAAUUGGGAAAUCUGCAUCCAAUACCAAGCCAUACUUGAUAAUGUGACUUGAUGGGACUUGAGUGAAACAGAAUAUUCUCUUGGAACAAAUGUAGGCAGAGCUUGAUUUUAUUAAAUGGUAAUUGAUUGGAUUGUGAAAAGUGGGCCAUCCAGAGCAAAAGAGACUUUUAUCCCCAUUGGAAUAAUGUGCACUGAUGAACGGAGUACAAUAAGACAGUAAACAUGAUCAAAUCUGAUUUCAAGCUGACUUUAACUCAUUAAAUUGGUAUUGAUAUUACUUCAUUGAAUUUUCCAUGUAUAACUGUAUUGUAGGACUGUAAAGUUUGUUGUCUUAUCAAUGCAUAAUACUUGGACAUUAAUGCAACAUAAUGCAUAGACGUAAUGUGUUUUUGUUUUAAAGAUGCGAGUUAGUGUUUUUAUAAACAAUGCUGUAUAUAUAGCUGCA